AUGUUUCUUGCCAACUUCGCGUCUUACUUCCAAUCGUUUGUUGAGCUUCUCCACGGCUUCGGUUCACUAUGCACCCGCUUCGCCGAGUAUCAAGUAAUCUUCAAGGAAUCCUCGCGUCUCAAAAGUUCGGUCUGCCAGUUUCACACGGCAGUCGUUACUUGUUGCCAGCAAAUCGUCUUGGCUGUCCGACGGCCUUUGAAGAAUCAGAUUCUCAAGGCAAUUACACAGUCCUUUCAGUCUGAACUUCGAAGCUACGUGGAAGACAUCAGAGCGAAAGCAGAGGAGGUACAGGGCGAUAUUCAAUUGGCCAAGGCUCGGUGUGACCGCGAGGAACAGCAACUACAGACGACAGAGCGCAAAGAGGCUACUGACCAUCGGAAACGCUUCAGAGCUUGGGCUGCCGAAAUGGAAAUCUUUCAAGCGCAGCGAAGACGAGAUGCAUUAGAACAUAAACGUCGUCGCCUUCUUGAGGACUUAUCGUCAUUCAACUUCACUUCGGCUUUCAACAGCACACGAAACAAGCGCCAUGUAGGCACGGCCAAAUGGGUCUUUGACACUCCGGAAUUCCAACAAUGGGUGGAAAUCAAUGGGUCUCCCGUUCUUCAUAUCACCGGAAAAAUUGGGUCUGGUAAAACAGUCUUGUCGUCCUCGAUCGUUGAGAAGCUGUCGCAGAUUCGGCCACCUCAACAAUUCGUGUCGUUCUUCUUUGCGCGGUUUGAUGAUCCGCUUAGCCUCAACGCUGAGACAAUCAUACGUUCCUGCAUUCAACAGUUAGUAUCAGCCAUCGACAUGGACACUCUUGACCCAAAGGUCGUUUGUGCACUUGACGAACAGCUCUCUCAAGCCAGGCUGGCUCUGUUCUCCUUCGAAUUCCUUUCAGAUCUCUAUUUGUCUGCGGCUAAAGCCAUCAAACAAUGGUUUAUAGUCAUUGAUGGCUUGGAUGAGUGUAGCACUGAUCAACAGUCCAAGCUGCUAAAGUUCUUCCAAGGAAUUAUUUCGAGGAAUGAUACAACGCGCAACAUAAGUCUUGUCUUCGCCUCUCGAGAGACAUGCACCAACACAAUCAGAAGCAUUUUCCCCGAGUCGCAACGACUGGUCACAGGUCUAGAAAGUACUAGCGUCGACAUCGAUUCAUAUGUUGACGACAUCAUUAUUGACAAAUUGUCAACUGGCGAACUGGUUGUUAGUGACCCCAGGCUAUUGAAAGAGAUUCUGACAACAAUUGCUUCCAAGGAGCAGGGAAUGUUCUUGUGGGCCUUUUUUGUCAUUGAAGAUAUAUGCUCUGGGAAGACCGACAACGAGAUUCGACAAGCACUUCAAAAUAUCCCCGGUGACCUUCCGGCGACUUUUGACCGUGCGCUUAGUCGCAUUGUUCAAAAGCGCAAUCAGGACACCGCCAAGAAGGCCUUCAUGUGGACAAACGCAACAUUACAGCCAUUGACCUUGUCACAACUCCGCGAAGCACUAUCUAUCAAGCCUGGCCAACACACUCUGCGACAGGAGGAUCUUAUCAGCGGAAUAGAACGAUUAACUGCUUGGUGUGAGAACUUGAUUUAUGUGGAGGAAACAGACAACACAGUUCGCUUCAGCCAUCAUUCCAUUCAGGAGUUUCUCUUGGCGUCAGAUUCAGGUGAACAUGAGGCCCUCCACAUCGAUCACGACCAGUGUGAUAAGCUUGCUGGCGAGGUCUGCAUUACUUAUGUCAACCUUGACAACUUCCAAACGGCAAUCACAGAGAGUAAAAGGCAACCUCCGACUCAAUCCGCUAUGAGGAUCGAUCCAAGUGGAAUAGCCGAGCAGACGAUACAGUCCGCCAUUCAGGGUGGUGUUGGAACACGCGUUGGUCGCCUCGCUCGCCAAUUUGUCAAGGCGUCAAAACCAAAUAAGGCAUCAACAGGGACUGAGUUUUCCCUGAGUUCUCUCAUGCCAGUUACCAGUAUGGCCCAAGGGACCGCAGACUAUCCCUUUCUCGAAUAUGCUUCGACGAACUGGUUCAAGCAUACCAAAUACAUCAACAAAAAGGAGACGGAGGUCUGGAGACUUUUCGGUCAAUUGGUUCAGAAGCCCGCUCAGCACUCGCAAGGCGAGCCUUGGCAUAGUACGGAAUGGAAGAACGAAGCCUUGCAGGGGUUUCCAAAUCAUGACGACUCGAGAUCAAAAUGCUUUAGCGAUAUUUUUCGUGCCCAACUGAGUGGCGAGAUACAUGGCAUCAAGACGGCUUCAUUUGACGUGCCAGAACUACACCACCUCCUCCGUUCCUUUAUCUACGCUGAGUUGAACGACUACGGGGCGCUCGCAUGUCGAUCCUUUCAAUUGGCAAUAGAAUUAUAUGCGUUUUCAGAUGAGCUUAAUAGGCUUCUUUGCAUUCUCACGGCUAACAAAAAUUACAUGGCCUGCGGAAAUGACUGUGCAAGCUUUGCACCUUCGGGCCUGGACCAUCAAUGGCUCAUGGAAGAGCUCAGAAGAGCAAUCGUCCGUGGAAUUCCAUACUUCCCAGCCUUGAAAGGACAUGUGAUACGAUCUUCCUGUGAUUGCGCAGAUUCAUCUCCUCUCGAGUCCAGGCGCGAUAUAUGCCAUGUGCUAGAAGCAGGUUAUCGACAAGAAUUCGAGCCGCAUCUACAGGCUUUCGCUAUCAUCGUGGAAAGGAUGAAGGCCAAAGCCAGUAUACCCAUCAUCAGUGAUUUGGAGCAUUGGUGUCUUGCUAAGGGACAAUAUACCAUCUGCUUUCUGAGCCUCUUGGAGGAUGGGUUCCUGGAUCAACUACCUCCAAAGAAGGAGGAAGUUGAGCAGUAUGCUUUAUCUGGCGCCCUGAUCAAACUCCAUGGAGAAACCAUAACAACGAUAUUUCGCGUUUACGUCAUGCCUACUCUAUGGAAAUCCUACAUGGCGACUUACAUUGUAGAGACCUUAUUCCGUGUAUAUUCGCUGCCCGCUCCUGAGCAUAUAGUGCAUGCCCAUGAGGAUUGUUUCCGAGAAGCAGUGUGGCAAAACAACUGGGACAUUGCUGCAGCUUUGGCUAAGCAUCAGCCAGCUCUUGUCGACGAUGCGAUGGACAGUGGGCACUUCGAUUCCAUCAGAGAAGCUCUCCUCUGCGAUACUUGCUGGCUACGCAUGCAAAAUAUGGUGAGGCACCUGACCUCAGAGAAGAUGUAUCAGUAUUCCUUCAAACUAUGUGAGGGUCACAACUUGAUGUUCAAAAAGAUUCCUGAUUCGCUUCAGGGCAUACACGAUGCUAAGAAGAAAACCUUGCUCUGCCCGGGACAUAGCACAGAUGCGUUGCCUGAACGGGAGGGAAGAUUGAAGUGGGUAUAA